AUGUCCUCUUGUCUUCCUUCUAGGUCUUCUCCGAGUGAAAGCCCUUUGACUUUUCUCUCUAUAUACCUUCAUCUGGAUACUGCCAACCGUUGGAUAUGUAACGUCCUGAAGCGUGGUGUCUCUGACCUUAACCUUUUCACUGAUUUUUCGUAUGAUGAUACAGAAGAUGAUAAUUACCAACUGCCUAGAGAAUUGUUCUUUAGUAGUACACUUGUUAAGCUGAAGUUAAGAAGGGAACGCUGUGUUAAACGACAAAGAGAGCCUAACAAUGAGUUGUUAGAGGAUGAUGAUGAUGAGGGUAAUGUUGUUGUCCACUUUGGCAAUGUGGUGAAGCUCAUGAAUGGGAUUCAAAAUGUUCAGAUACUUUCCAUCAAUGCUGAUACUCUCGAGGUGCUUUCUCAAUGCUGUAAUACAUUGCCAGUGUUCAACAACCUCAAGUUCUUAGGUAUUACAAGUGAAGAGGGUAGAGGAUGGCAAGCAAUGCCAGCUCUCCUAAAGAACUGUCCACGUUUAGAAACUAUAAUCCUUGAGGGUUUAUCACACUACGUAACUGAUAAAUGUGGAGAUGCUUGUCCCUGCAUAUCUCGGGAAGACAAAGGUCGUUCACUCAGGUCUUGUCCAGUGAAUAGGAUGGAGAUUCAAGGGUUCCGAGCAACAAUGAAAGAGAUGACCAUGAUAAAGCAUUUCUUGGACUAUUUUCCAAAUUUGAAGAGGCUUGAUGUUGUCAUUGAAGAUAAUGAACCUACGCAGCUCAGAAACCCUGAAUUGUCUAAAUGUAUCACGGAGAUGUUCGCACUCUACAACAAGUUGUACCCGAGUUGCAAUGUCGAGCUCACAGUGAGUCCUUUCUUGCAAAAGAAGUGGCGUGAACAAGGACAUAUCUGA